GCUAAUUAAUAGAGACCUAUGCAACUAGUUAUCACAACCUUGCCAUCUGUUUCUGCUACACAAAAAAAAACAGUCUUACAACUACAGUUACAGCCAUUUCAAUAAUUGAAUCAGAAAAUUUACCACAAAUUACAUUCAGAGUACUCUUUUCUUGUCUUUUUAUAGGUAAAUUAAUUUGUUUCACCAUUCACCAACAUUAUAGUAAAUUAAUUGCCUCGAUCUUCUAAAUCACCUCUUACUUAUAUCUGUUCAACUUUCUCUGUUUUUUUAUGUUGAAUUCUCUUCAAUUUUGCAUUUUAUACUUUCAGAACCCACAACCAAUUUAUAAAUCUUGAAUUUUUAAGAAAAUUCAUUUUUUUUUUGUUGAAUUAUGGCACAGAAGCAUUUGCAUGAGCUUUUAAAGGAAGAUCAAGAACCAUUUUACACUGCUAAUAAACGUUUUCAUCUCAAAAGACUUAAUUUUUCUUCUUCUAAAACUUCCUCUUUACAAAUCAAAAAAUUUCAAAAGCAAAUUAAUCAAACCCCAUCAUCUAAAUUAUGCAAAAAUACUUGUUUUUUCUCCUUCGGAGAAUCACCGGAAUUAAGAAAAUCCCCUUUGUGUUUACCUUCGCCGGCGCCGGCAAAGAGCCCGGAAAAUGGGAGAUUUGUUCUUAAUGUACCUGCAAGAACAGCUGCUCUGCUUCUUGAAGCUGCAAUGAGGAUUCAAAAACAACAGAGUUCAUCAAAACCAAAAACCCAAAUCAAAAAGGUGAAAUUUGGGGUUUUUGGGUCCAUUUUGAAGAAAUUGAAGGAUCGAAAUAGCGAUAAAAAUGGUGAAAAAAGUUUCUCAUGUUCGUGUAAUAAUAGCAGAGUUAACAGUGAAAUCAAUGAAGGGAAGUUAAUUGAUUUGGAGAAUUAUAGCAAUUAUGGUGAUUUUGGUUCGUCUCCGUUAAGCCCUUUUAGAUUUUCUCUUCAAAGAUGCCCGUCGACCUCCGGCUAUGUAUCGCCGGAAUUCACAUCGCCGGCAUCUUCUCCGGUUUGUCACAAGAAAGAGGACAAAGAAAAUUAUGAAACAAUUAUAGGGUUGGCAAGUAUUGAUCAACUAGAAGAAGAAGAAGAUAAAGAGCAAUGCAGUCCAGUUUCUGUAUUGGAUCCUCCAUUUGAGGAGGAGGAUGGACAUGCAAACAGGGACGAGGACGAGGAUGAGGAUGAGGAUUCUGAUCUCGAUUGCAAUUAUGCACUUGUACAAAGAGCACAACAACAACUUUUGUCUAAGCUUCGUCGAUUCGAGAAAUUGGCUGAAUUAGAUCCAAUUGAACUCGAGAAAAUAUUACUCGAGGAAGAAGAAGAAGAAGAAGAUGAUGAUCGCGUAGAGGAAGAAGAAUGUCAAGUUUUUAACUUGAUUUUCGAGGAAAAGUUUGAAGUUAAAAGUUUGAACUAUGGAGAAGCCGUUUUUGGAAGAGAAUGCAAGAAGAUAGAUUUAUCAUCGCAAGAAUUAAGAUCAAAUACCAUCGAUAUGAUGGUAAAAUCGAAUUUGAAAAGUGAGUUUGAUGAUUGGAAUGAGUUUCAAGAUCAAAGAGAAGAAACCGCGAUAGAAUUUGCUUUUUCUAUAUUUGGAUUGUUAGUUGACGAAUUAGGAGAGGAGCUAAUUCAUUUAGCUCACUCCUAAAAAAACGUGAAUUUCUAAUGGACGUUUCAUUGGAGGA